UAUAUAAGUGUACAAACCAAAAAAAUAUAAAGAUCUAGUUGUUUUAAGAAUUUUUAACUCAGAAAUGCUACAAUUAUGAUUUUAAAGGCAUACUAUGUAGGAUUUGCCAGCCAUUCAAGGGUGCAAAAGAGAAAAAAAGAAAAAUUGCUUGAUUACUGUAACUCAUUCCCAGGUCCUCAGAUAUUUCCACUUUGGGUUUGUGAAAAUACAGUCAGAGGGCCGGGUCUCUGCAGAUAUAGACACCACAUCAGUGGGUCAUAAGUGAUGAUUGAGAGGGGUUAUUUUUAUAUGAGUGUUUCUUUUUUAGUAAAAGGACAAAUAUGAAAUUGGAAAUAACAUGUUCUUCUACAAAUAAAAUAAACAAAGGUUGGAGGCGGAUUUAACAAACAUGAAUUCUCUGCCUUUUGUGGUUCUUGUGACUGCUCGUUUAAAGUCCCUUUAUUACAAGAAUCAUUCAAACGUGGCCUUGAGCUGGUUAAAUCAUGAAGGGUGCCAAACUCCCCUGCACGCCUCAUGGAGUUUAAUCUCCAUCCUCACCGCCUCGCGUUUCAUUGAGGUCUCUUUUUUUAUGAAUGAACGGCAGAAGAGGAAAGGGGACGGGAAACUGGCUGAUUUGUGAUAGGCUGCUGUCUGUUGACGUCACCUCCGCCGUGACGCGCUGCACCCAUUCAUAAAAAAAGGAAAAAACUGAAACAACCCAGAGAAGGCACACUCGGAAGAGGGAGAAAGAAAGAGCUGACAGGACUGAGUGUGAAGAGUACAGUGCGCGGAAUGAUGCGCGGAUAGAGGACAAGCGCAAAAGGGAAUCCACCGCAGGAUCCGCACGUCUGGAGGGCGGUGGGGACACAGAAAGGGAGAUAAGCGACAGUGAAGCCUACACACGCAGCCUGAAACGACGUGCGAUGGAGGACCUGGGCGAGAUGGACUGCCCUGUGCUGAAGCGGUUCCUGAAGGAGGACAGCGCCAAGUGCCUGCUGUUGGACUGCCGCUCCUUCCUCGCCUUCAGCGCGGGGCACAUCCGGGGCGCAGUCAACGCUCGCUGUAACACCAUCGUCCGUCGUAGGGCCAAGGGCUCCGUGCUGAGCCUGGACCAGAUACUGGCCGGGGACGAAGAGGUCCGGGGCCGUCUUCGCUCCGGGAUGUACUCCGCGGCGGUGCUGUACGAUGAGAGGACGCCGGACUCGGACACGGUGAAGGAGGACAGCACUCUGACUGUGGUGCUCAACGCGCUGUGCAGGGACUCCUCCGGCACACACAUAUACCUGCUCAAAGGUGGCUAUGACAGAUUUUUCACAGAGUACCCUGAGUAUUGUUUAAAGACCAAAUCCUUACCGCCCCUCACCAACCAGUCCAGCAUUGACUCUGCAUGUUCGUCUUGUGGGACGCCACAUCAUGACCAGGGUGGUCCAGUUGAGAUCCUCCCGUUCCUCUACCUAGGCAGCGCCCUCCACGCCUCAAAGAAAGAGGUUUUGGACAGCAUUGGGAUCUCGGCCUUGCUGAACGUGUCCGCCGACUGUCCCAACCACUUUGAAGGGGCGUACCAGUACAAAUGUAUUCCCGUGGAAGACAACCAUAAAGAGGACAUCAGCUGCUGGUUUCUGGAGGCUAUUGAGUUCAUAGACUCAGUACGGGACUCUAGUGGGCGAGUGUUGGUCCAUUGUCAAGCAGGCAUCUCCCGCUCCGCCACCAUCUGCCUGGCCUAUCUGAUGAAGAGGAAGCGAGUGCGUUUGGAUGAAGCCUUCGAGUUUGUGCGUCGGCGUCGCAGCAUAAUUUCUCCAAACUUCAGCUUCAUGGGACAGCUGCUGCAGUUCGAGUCGCAGCUCCUCGCCACCUCGUGCGCCGCCGAAGCAGCCGUCACAGUGAGCCCACUGCUUGGACCCAAGUCCUCAACGACCACCACCUCGACGUCGGCCACGCCUACCUCUCCGUUCAUUUUCAACUUCCCAGUUUCCGUGGUGAACUCGGCCUAUCUGCACCACAGCCCGAUCACGACCUCCCCUGGCUGCUGAUGGAAAGCCAAUCGCAUCCCCCACCCUGACAAACUAACUGAGCACAGACUGGGCUGCCAUUGGCUGGAAGAGCUGUCAGUCUUACUGACCCCUGCACAAGCUUCCAGGGCAGGGAGGUGAGAAGCAUCACGGUGCCUGAUUAAAAACUCAAAGAUUGAAAAAAAAAACUUUUUAAAGUUCAGAAACCAGCCAACACUCCUUCCGUUUUAAGAUUUAUUUACAUUGACCAAAAAUGAACUGGCUUUCAAAACUUGUUUCGAUAAACAAGUUACAAGUGAACGGAGUGUUGGACUGACGUGUACUGAAGAUACACCCUCUUCCUUGGAAAAACAAAAACAACAACAACAUGCACAGAGGCACACUGACACACAAACACUGGCACAGAGAGGCAUGAGCAGCAGCAAACACCCACUCUCUCUCUCUCUCUCUCUCUCUCUCUCUCUCUCUCUCUCUCUUUCUCUCCCUCUGCCUCACACACAUACAUUCAUGACUGAAUAAGCUCAGUAUGAAGACAGGGUCUGUUGCUAUGGCGACAACAGGUCUUUAGGAGAGGAGAUGGACACAGGAAGGAAGGAAGAAUUUUAAGCACCCGCUCUUUCCCCUUUGGGUGUCCCUCCUGUUGCCGGACAAAAGAGAUGGAUGGAAUAAAGGGGAGGAGACGGUGAUAGAAAGCAGGAGGCUCUUCAGUGACAGGUGCUCUGCCGGCGAUCCGACCGGAGCUUCCUGUCUUUCAUACGUCCUCUUCCUCUCGCUGUCCCCCCUCCAACCCCUCACACCUUCCUCUCAUCUCCUUUUCAUCCUUUUAUAUUCCUUCUCUCCUCCUCCUCUCAUCUCUGCCUCUCAUCUUCACCCUGUUCGCCCCCUCUCCUCUGCUCCUCAUCUCCUGACUGAAGAGAGGCUAAAUAAAUGAAUUAAGAUGCCAAAUAAAGGCCAUGGCCCUCGUAAAUGGACUGGGAAACCCCACUGCAGGCCCCUGAUAUACACUGUAGGAAAAGCCCUUCUGUUACAUCUCAAAAAAACAAAAACAAAAAGUUUUGGACCAGAGGGUAAACUUUGGAGCAUAGUGGCUCUGGAAGACAGUCACUUAAAGGACCUUGCUGGUGUUUUUGUAUCUUUUAAUCCAUUAUAAAUGAUCCAUUCUUUACUGUCAACUAGUUUCCAAAACACACAGAACUUGACGGCGUGGUGUUUAUGUUCAUACUGGACUCAAAUCAACUGAAAAGUCCCUUGAAAAAUUAUAAUUUUUUUUUUAAGUUAAUGAGCUAAAAUGUACAUCACCAACAAAUGGUCUUUUAAGAUGUCCGUGCCUUGUUCAUGAAGGUAUCCCAUGGAUUUAGGCUUCUCUGGAUUUGCCAGUGGAACACUUUUUUUUUUCUUGGCUGCUAGGAAGCAGAUUUCUGAAUGUUAGUCAGACUUUAAAAAAAGUCAACAUUUCAACAGUGCAGUACAGACCUCUUUCUUCAUCUCUACUUGCGAUGGACAUAGACACACAGACACAACAUGCUGUAUUUGGUAGGUGUAAGCCCAUAUUAGGUGUCAGACUCAAACAAGACCAAACAUCAGGGAGCCUCAGUGUUGUUCCUUGUGAGGGGAAUCCAGGAAGAAAUAUAUGCUGAAAGUAAGAGAAGAAAACUUUGUGCUUUGAGGUCAUAAUCCAACAGGAAGUUGCCCUUAUAAGUCAGUUCAUUCAUCCAAGCCCUGAUGUGAAUGAACACAAGCACACACACACACACAAUCAUAACUCUUCUCUGUUUUUCAAAAUGGUCCACAGUUCUUUUCGUAGCACUCUGAAGUCUCGCAAUACUGUCCUUUACAAUUCAUUCAAGGAAAAAACCACAAUAGCAAUGACUUUUUAGGACAUCACACCAACCAUCGCUUCAUUGGAUGAGACAAUGUUUGUAUUGCUUCUGCUUCUGACCAGGCUAAGCUCCACAUUCUGUACUAGACAUCCAAAGGCACAAAGUCCAAUCAUGGUUGCUUUUAUACCUGGAUCCUGAUGUACAUACAACACACACACACACACACAGUUUCAAAAAAACAAAUCUUUCUCUGUUUUUAAAGAUUGUUGACACCUAUCUCUGUAGCACUUUGAAGUGAUGCAAUACUGUAUUUAUGAUUUAUGACUGAUUUGUAUAUGGUAGACUGGCUAGAGCUUUCAUAAAGACAUUUUGUAGAGAGAGAGAGAGAGACAUAGGGAGAGAAAGAAAAGAGAGCCAGCCAGUGAAAAACGCAAUACUUUGUACACAUCUGUCUGUCUGUCUGUCCGUCUGCCUCUCUGUGUUAGUCCAGCUGUCUAGACUGUCUCGCUGUCUGGUCAGUGCUGUUUACCCAUGGCAAUAUCAAUCUUCCACUUGGACAUUUAUAUAAAUAUAUAUUAAAAAAUGAAAAAAAAAUGAAAAAACAAUUUUCCCUCAAUUUUAUUGUGGAAUGAAUUAUCUGUGCAUUUAUUUAUUACUGAAGAUCCACUGUUGAAUAAACAAUGUUCUUAAUUAA